AUGAACUUCACAUUAACACCGCGAAAAAUCCCGUACGAAGAAAUUAUCUGUAGUGUUGAGGAUUAUCUGUUUAAAAAUAAUAUUGGUAAGGAAGAUUUGGAGGCUAUACGUCAAGAUAUUUCGUCCUUGUUACGUCGUAGUUCAGUGCCGAAACCAAAUCUUCCUAAAGACGAAUUUACAGCGUUGAUUAACUUACGGAACAGACCAGAGCUAACGAUUCUCCGCGCGGAUAAAGUAAAUGCUACGGUCAAAACAGACCCCACAACUAACACGCUUAAAGCAACUAGCGAUUUAAUAAAGAAAUACUCCGAAAAAUUAAAUCUCGACGUGAAUUCGCUAAUACCAUCAUGUACCAAACCACCGAGGUUGUAUGGGUUACCGAAGAUAAACAAACCAAACGCUCCACUACAUCCUAUAGUGAGCCAGAUCGAUUCACCAACUUAUAAGCUGGCACAACUCUUGGCAAAAGUACUGUCACCACUGAGAGGACAUACCAGAGCACACACAAAGGAUUCAUACCAUUGUGUUAGUGAGAUAAAAGACCUACAUCUCGCUGACAAUGAAACUAUGGUCAGUUUAGAUGUUCAGUCACUAUUCACAUGCCUACCUAUUGAAGACUGCAUAUCAAUUGUAACUAGGAAGCUAGAAGAUAAUAACAUACCUGCUGAAUAUGCAGUAUUACUCAAACACUGCCUCACAUCUGGCUAUCUAUUGUGGAAGGAAGAGUUCUACAAGAAUGUAGAUGGUGUGGCGAUGGGCUCACCUGUAUCUCCAAUAGUCGUCGACAUAUUCAUGGAUGACUUCGAGGAGAAAGCCCUUCUUACUGCUCCUGUAAAUCCAAGAUUCUACAAGCGGUACGUAGACGACACUUUCACAAUUUUACCAUCUGACAAAGUAACUGCAUUUUUAAACCACCUUAACUCUAUAAACUCUAAAAUACAAUUCACAAUGGAGUUAGAGGCAAAUAAUUCUUUAGCUUUCUUAGAUGUUUUAGUCAUUCGAAAUCCUAAUAACACAAUUGGUCACACUGUGUAUAGGGAAAAGACCCAUACCAACCGAUAUUUAAAUGGUGAAUCUCACCAUCAUCCUUCACAGUUAGCUACCGUGGCACUCGACGAAUCCACUGAUAUUAGUUCCACAGCUCAACUUCUGAUAUUCAUACGAGGUGUUACUCAAGAUUUUGAAGUCUUAGAAGAGUUAUUAGGAAUGUGUUCAUUGAAAGGUCAAACCAGAGGAGUUGAUAUACUCAAUGUACUUUUGGAUGAGUGUUCAAAAACUGUUUUGGACUUAUCAAAAUUAUCGGGAGUUACAACUGACGGUGCUCCUUCGUGUCAAUUCUGGGCUAGUUACUUUGCUGAAAAAGCAUCUGCAAGAAAAAAACAUAAACGCUGA